UCAUUGGUUGAAACCACACUCUGAUUCUCCUGCGAAAUUAUCUGAUUGAAAUCAGGGAGGAGAAAAGACGCAGCAGCAGCAGCAGCAGCAGCUUUGCUUUCCUCACUUUUAAGGAAAGGAUUGAGGAUUCUCCGUCUGCCACUGAAUCGUUUCUGUUAGACUUAAUAUCAUUAUUACCAUUAUCAUUAUUAUUAUUAUCAGUAUCAGUAUUACCUGGACGCCUUUCAUAAUUCUUCCCGGGAUUGUUUUCCUGUAACGGAUGACAACAUGCCGCGUUCAUUUCUGGUGAAAAACAAACGGAACACGUCCUUUAAUGUUCACCGCCCGCACGAGGACGAGCUGAAGGCCCUCGCAUGUACAACAGCUGCAGCAGCAGAGGUUCAGAGCUCAGACUCCACACACACACCUGAGUCACAGGAGCAGCAGCUCCCUCCUCACGAUCCUUCUUCAUUAAAGGAGGAGGAGACAGAGAUUUCAUGUCCUUUACCCGUUCACCCAGAACCAACCAGAGCUCCUGCAGCGCCCAUGCAGCCUUACCUCCUCACAGAGCCUCACCCGGCAGAAUUCCCUACGUUCUACAAACCGGCGUACGCCUGGGAGCCGAUGGGCGGCUCCUUCGAGCUGCGUCAGGUGACCUUUAGCCCCACGGUGCUGCAGCACGCCAGCAGUCUGUACGGCACGCACAUCCGCCGCAGCCCGCCACUGCAGCAGCCGCUGGACUGCAGCACGCACUACUCGCCCUCGUCCAACACCUACCACUGCAUCACCUGUGACAAGGUUUUCUCGACCCCUCACGGGCUGGAGGUUCACGUCAGGAGGUCGCACAGCGGCACCAGACCGUUCGGCUGCAGCAUCUGCAGGAAAACCUUCGGUCACGCCGUCAGUCUGGAGCAGCACAUGAACGUCCACUCUCAGGAGAAAAGCUUUGAGUGUAAGAUGUGCGGGAAGUCCUUCAAACGCUCGUCCACUCUCUCCACACACCUGCUCAUCCACUCAGACACGAGGCCGUACCCGUGCCAGUUCUGCGGCAAGAGGUUCCACCAGAAGUCGGACAUGAAGAAGCACACGUACAUUCACACGGGUGAAAAACCCCACAAGUGCCAGGUGUGUGGUAAAGCGUUCAGUCAGAGCUCCAACCUGAUCACACACAGCAGGAAACACACCGGCUUCAAGCCGUUCGGAUGUGACAUUUGUUCCAAAGGCUUCCAGCGCAAAGUGGAUCUGCGCAGACACCACGAGAGCCAGCACGACUUGAAGUGAACCAGGACCCGGACAACUGGAUUUUAAAUUAAUGUAAAUAUUUCAGCUGGUCUUUGCAGAAAAUAAAGCUGUGAAAUUUAAUUUAUGUUCUAAAACAGUGGUUAUCUGCUGGUACAUGCACCACAGUUUGAGAACCAUGGCUCCUAAAGGAAAAUGUCAUUCAUUUGUGUCGUGAAGAAACCGCAAAGUUAAUAUAUUUUAUCUUUUAUUUUAUUUAAUUUAAAUUGUGGAUUGUUGCUUCUGUGUCAGACUUUCUUUGUUUUGUAAAAAAAAUAAAAGCUCAAAGUGAGAAUGAAAAUUGAAA